GGGGGACUCCACAAAGAUCAAAACCCUGUUCUUCUUCCUCUGUCCUUUGCAAGAGAGUGUGUGGUUUCUUUCCCCUUCCCCGUUUCCGUCGAGUGUGCAUUAGAAGCUGCCGAUGGGAGACUUCAAGGGCUCCGGGGUUAUCUUACCCGCGAUUGGAAAAGCACAACGACCAACCAUUCGACUGAAGCAUGGGCCAGUUGGCUCUGCAGCUGGGAGUGUCUUCUUCAACGUGUUGCCACGUGUCGAGGUGGUUGGUUCUGCUCACCGAGCAGUAUCCUCUCUCGAUUGCAGCACUGGCGAUCAUCCUACUCAGGCUGGCAGGCGGCCCGAACAGUAUGGAAAUCCUAUGACCAGCAAUUUUCAUGCGCAAACCGAUUUGUGGAAGGAGAAGAUGGGCUGGGUGCAUGAGGCUCAGCGAUUGCAUCUAAUGGGAAGGGAGUGUGAAAAGGACUUAGAAGCCCGACUGUUGAGGUGUGACGGCUCAACGGCUGAUUAUCACGAGCUGGCGGCAGAGUUGAAGAGCCUUUGGGAUGACACACGUACCGACGAGCUCAACCGUCGAAAGAGUGUAGCCAGUCUUGGCGAUCAGCAGAGGAAGGCCAGGGCUGCUGUGAUGAAGGUGAAAUCUCUCUUAUCGGAUUUGCAGGUAGGAAGAAAGAAUGUGGGGGGUCUAGGUCCAGGUCCAGGUCUAGGGGGGGCCAUUUCCAAGUGCGCUUGGGAAGGAGAGACUUACUUUGUGGAAGCAAAGCAGCAAUUCAAUGGCGAGUUGGAAGCAUUAGCUCAUGCCGAGAGGACUGUGUCAAGAGACUUAGAGUAUUGCGUUAAGCAGUUGAAGAGGACUGCUGCUGUAGAGAGGUCAGCAGGAGCAGCAGCAGCAGCAGCAGCAGCGGCAGCAGGAGCAGAAUCAGAAGGAGCAGCAGAAGAGCAAAGCAGCAGGUCUAUUGUUACGAUGGAGGAUGUCGACGUUCGGAGGCAAAGACGGGAGGCGAAGAGAGAGAGGGCAUUGCAUCGCAAACUGCUCAUGGAGGUUCAAGAAUUUGACGACUUCGUGAGUAGAACAGGUGCAACAGGUGGUUGGGAUCACGAAGAUCACAGGCUCUUCCUUAGAAUUCUCAAGGAAAACCGUCGGGACUAUGGCUCUUGCGUGGCUCAGUGCUUGGAAGAGCUUAUCCUGCAUGACAAGGAUUCUAUCAUCCGGCAUUGGAGAUGGCAGGAGGAAUACGAAAGCCUCCUUGCAAAGAAGCACGCAGCGAUUGCUAAGUGGCGUGCGCAGAAGGAGGCCGCCAUCGCUGAACGGCGCGCAGCAGCAUUGGAGGCGGCGAGUCUUCGAAAGGCAAGGGAGGAGCAGCGGCGACAAGAGAUGGCGGAGAGAAGUCGAAGGGAAGAAACUUUGGUGCAACUGCGACUAUGGAAGGAAGCCAAAGCCGCCGCCGAAGCCGACAAGCGAGCGAGAGAGGAGGACGCCGAGAAGCUGGCAAAGCUGAGGGAGAGAAGGAGAGAAGAGUCGCGGCGAGCCUAUGCGAAGGCACUGGUAGAAGAGUUCCUAGCAAAGAAGAAGGCCGAGGAGGAGUUCUGCAAGCAGCUGUCUGACCGAUUAAAGCCGCUGGCAGAAAAGCAGGUUACACAGCAAGAUCUUGAUCGGCGACGAAAACAAGACGAGUCUAUCCUACAGAGAAGGAAGGGGUUGAUAGAAGAGCAAAAUAGGAAAGCGAAACUGCGAGAAGAGAGGAUGAAGAAGCUGCAGAGGAAAAUGGAGGGAGGGAGGGUCCAGGUGGAACGGGAUCCCCAUCGCGUGCUGAAGCCAACGAAGGCGGUAAAAGAGAGGCUGAGAGAGAUACGGCAAGACAAAGAGGAGAGAGAGAAGAACCCGGUGCAAGGCAACCAUCUGUGCCCGGCGGUCAAGGUUUUGGCUGUAAAGAGAAUACAUAGAUUUUCCAGGGCGAUACCGUCAUGGCGGCAAGUUAACAGCAGAUAAAGGGCCUCGCUCCACUACUCAAACAUUCGAACAGUCCUUGGAACAUAAGGUUCAUUGUCCUCCCUCAUCGCUCAAAACGAUCCUCACCAGUAUGCUCAAGCCUAUUUGGCCCACCCCUGGACUACCAUACAGUCCCGGAGUCAGCUCAUGGGGGAUCUGCCAGCCUUUGUUCGUCUAGUCGGUCUCACCUGAUGCUGGCCCUGCAGUGCAGGGGGCCUUGUCACUGUGUGUGUGUGUGUGUGUGUGUGUGUGUGAGAGAGAGAGAGAGAGAGAGAGAGAGAGAGAGAGAGGUAAACUGAAAAUCAACUGGGCCUAACGGC